AUGGUUUCGGCCAUCCGCCUCAAAACCACGGCGUUCCUGCAGUCGCUCUUUCUGUUUCCCUUCAACACCGCUCUGCAAGUGGUUCAACUUUUUCCCAAUUUUCGCCAAACAAACCCACCAAUCCUUCCUUGUUCGACUCCGAGUUCGAGUUCUGCUUCAUCCUCGCAAGAAGCCCGCAACACCACCGCUGGGGACGGCAGUCGCAACAGUGACGACAACAUGGCGGCCAUCUCUUCCGCGACUGUGCCGCGGGGCCAACAUGCACCGGCUUCGAAAAUUAUCUCGGCUCUUCCACGCACUCCUCCCGGUACAAAGGAGAACCACUUGCUGAAGACGGUUUCGCCAACGGACGUCGACGAUCAGCUCCGUCGCGAUAUCUCCCGUUUGAAGCUUAACGAGGCCGAUACAGCAGCCGAAACGCCGCCCAAUCUGCUCAAAGAUGUGGUAGAUGGCGGCGCGGGUAACAGCGUAGAAAAUGGAGUCGGCAAGCGAGUCACGCAGAACGGCGCACUGCUGCAGCAAUCCGGCCCGGACAGCAUCAGCGACAGUGUUGCCGAAACCACGACGACCAUUCAGCUGGACGGCGUCGCUGUGCACAUUCGGGACAAUGUCGAGACGCCUGAGCAGGCAGCCGAGAGGGCCAUGCAUAGCCGGUUUAUGAGGGAGGCUUUGGAUAUGGCCAGACUUGCCCUCAAAACCAACGAGACCCCCGUCGGCUGCGUGCUCGUCUACAAGGGGCGGGUCAUCGCCAGAGGCAUGAACGCAACGAACGUCACUCGAAAUGGAACGAGGCAUGCCGAACUCAUGGCGAUCUCUGCUUUGUUAUCUUACUUACCCAAAUCCGACCUCGAAUCUAAGGCCAACGCAUCCCAUGAAAAGGGCGGCGGAACUAGAUUGCCUCUCGGCAACAAGACCAACGAAGCACAAGUUAUGGAGGAAACUAGCACCUGGGGAGAUGUGGACCCCAAGGAUGGCCACCUUUAUCCGUAUGGGCAAAAGCUUCAUCCCUCUCCUCGCGUGGACCCAUCCGUCAUCACUGAAUGCACAUUAUACGUCACGGUCGAGCCGUGCGUCAUGUGUGCUUCGUUGCUUCGCCAGUUCGGGAUCAAGAAGGUUUACUUCGGCGCCGUCAACGACAAGUUCGGCGGUACCGGUGGCGUGUUUCGGAUCCACAAGAACUCACCCUAUACCAUGGCCUCGGCGCCUCCGUCGCCUGUGCCCCAGAACGGCAAGGGUAUUGCGAGGCCAGUUCUCGAGCGCCGCCCGGCUUCCACGGAUAUCGUCCCAGAGGAACACACGCCGGUCAACGAGACUAAAAACGGUGACAGUCUUGUUCCUUGCCCCAUCGAAACAUCUAGGCUCCCCGGAGAUGGCGGUAAUGUUGAGAGGGGAUACGAGGCCGAGGGAGGAUGGGGCCGUGACGAGGCCGUGACGCUUCUCAGGCAGUUUUACGUACAAGAGAACAACCGAGCCCCAGUACCGAGAAAGAAGGAAGGCCGAGCUGCCCGUUUAGCGGCGAUGAUGGAACGCGAUGGCCAGGCGGGCGGCCCUGUAGACGCCGGCGACGGUGCGAAGUCGCGGGAUAACUCCGGCACGAAUACGCCUGUCAUUGAGGAGUCGCGCACCGAGAUUGUAGCCGAGGCUAUCGCCGUCUAG